UAUGGGCUAAUAAAGGCGCCGCCGCCGCCGGACUCCACCAUGAAAUGCUUCACGGCAUGCCCAACUCAGAAGUACCGACACAUGCCAUCUUGCUCGGUCAAUGCCGUGCCACAGUUCCUAAGUUCCUCAUAUAGAGAGACUGGUCCUCGUCAAAAGCCACUCUGGUCACGUUCACGCCGGUCCAAGGUCAGCCGCCCCUGGCACAAAUGUCGAAAGCACACCUCUUCCACUCCCCGGAUGGCCUCGUGGUCAAGUGCCUGAGGGGCCUCAUCUCGUACAACCCAUCCCUCUCGCUCGACGAGGCCAACCGCGUGGUCUUUGACACAAGGCACGAUGAGAACAAGGUCAGCAUCGUCUCGGGCGGGGGAUCAGGCCAUGAGCCGGGUGAGUGCCACAACACGCAGCCGCGCGCGUGGCUGGCCUGCCGUUGACAAUCCCGACAGCGUGGAGUGGCUACGUGGGCCAAAACCUGCUCGCCGCCUCGGUGGGCGGGGACAUCUUUGCCAGCCCCUCGACCAAGCAGAUCCUGGCCGCCAUUGAUGCGGUGCCAAGCAACGAGGGCACCAUCCUCGUCGUCACAAACUACACCGGCGAUUGCCUGCAUUUCGGCCUUGCCAACGAGAAGGCCGUUGCGAGAGGUCACCGCUGCCAGGUGAUUGUCUGUGGCGACGACGUCUCUGUCGGGAGGACCAACGGGUCACUGGUGGGACGCAGGGGGCUUGCCGGCCAGAUUGGGGUUCUCAAGGUCAUGGGUGGUGCCGCCGGCCAGGGCGCCUCCCUGGACGACGUCUACGACCUCGGCGUGGCAUUCUCCCAGCAGAUUGUCUCGAUUGCUGCCACGCUGGACCACUGCCACGUGCCCGGGCGCACCGAGCAUGCCGCGCUGGCAGACGACGAGGUCGAGAUCGGCACGGGGCCGCACAACGAGCCUGGCUACAGGCGGCUCUCCCCGGCACCCUCAGCAGAGGAGCUGGUCAGGAUGAUCCUGACUCACUGCUUGGACGACAAGGACCCGGACCGUGGCUAUGUAAAGUUCAACAAGGGCGACGAGACCAUGUUGCUGAUCAGCAACUUCGGCGGCAUAUCCCCCCUGGAGAUGGGUGCGCUGACGGAUGAGAUCCUCGAGCAGCUGUCCUCGGACUGGGGCAUAGAGCCAGCGCGUGUAUAUGUCGGGCCCCUUGAAACGUCUCUAAACGCACAGGCAUUCUCGGUGUCCAUGAUCAAUGUGACGGCUGCGGCAGAGAACUGCGCCUAUUCGGUCGAUGACAUCAAGGCUUUCGCAGAUGUCAAGACCACGACCUCUUGGGAGUCCAUGGCUGGGUCGCAAGGCUCGAGACGGGGGCGGCGGGAGCAACUCGCCAGCCCCCCGCAAGAACCCAAGAGGGCUGCUGUCGAUCCCGGUCGGGACCUCAGGCUGGACCCUGCUUCCUUGGAUAGGAUGUUGCGAGGCGCAUGCGACGCACUGAUACAAGCGGAACCCGACCUGACGAAAUGGGACACGCUGAUGGGCGAUGGAGACUGCGGUGAAACGCUCAAGACCGGCGCAACCAGCCUGCUCGCAGCGCUGGACCACAAGGGCAUCGCAGCCGGCGGGUCGGUGGUCACAGUGCUCCGGGAGCUUGAGGACAUUGUCGAGAGCAAGAUGGGCGGCACCCUCGGAGGGAUCCUGGGCAUCUUCUUCGUCUCGCUUCGCAACGCCGUCGAGAACAGCGUGCAGGGAAGCCCGGAAAGAGGGGCGCCCGGAAUCUGGGGCCAGUCCCUGGGCACGGCCCUCGAGCAUCUGACCAAGUACACGCCGGCCAAGGUAGGCGACCGGACGGUGAUGGACACCCUCCUCCCCUUCGCCGCGGCGAUACAGAAGGCUGGAAGCUUUGACGAGGGCGUCGAGGCUGCGGUCAGGGGCGCGGAAGCCACCAAGAACAUGACCCCGAGACUCGGAAGAGCCACCUACGUCGCGGCGGGGCGUGAGCGAGGGAGCGGUGGCGUGCUGCCCCCUGACCCUGGGGCAUGGGGCGCAAUGGUUGCCAUACGGGGCCUGAAGGAUGGGCUGCUGCCGAGAAAAGACAGCGCGGUCGCCGUAUGA